AUGUCAGACAUCCUAAAAAGCCCCUAUGGACUAUCCGUCCGCCGAAACGGCUCCUGCCUCAACACUGAAACAGAUUGCGGCCAAACCUGGGCCCCCUUCCGCGCCUGUUGUCCGGGCGGCACACACUGUCCCGCCGGACAAGAUAACGUGAAAUGUUGCCCGUCAGAUGCAGAUUGCUCCGAUCUGGUGGAUAACACACAUUGCGCAAAUAGCACUGCAAAUGUCUACAAAGCGAAGGGCUGGUUCUGCUGCGCUGCGGACACCCAGGCUUUCGAAAGACCGGAUGGCUUCGUCGGCUGUACAGAUGAUAUAUCCGUACUGGGAAUCAGUAUGAGUCUUUUGGCUAUUAAGUAUCAUGCAACUACAACCACAUCCCCAUCCCCAUCCCCGACGGAAUCAAGCGCAAUAACUAGCACCGCGGAGCCGUCGGUUACUACCACUGGACUGACUCCCACCGAUGCGACCGGGGAAGGUAGUUCAUCUUCAUCUCAUACUGGGGCUAUUGCCGGUGGAGUUGUCGGCGGAGUAGCUGGGUUGGCGAUCCUGGCUGGUCUGAUUUGGUUCCUACUGCGUCGUCGAGACAAGAGACGAAAAUACGUAGCGACACCCACGAACCCAAGCCCUCUCAUGUCUACUAUGGGUGGGACUAGUGCACCCGUAUCGAGUGUGCCCGCCUCAGAACCGCCUGGUUCGAAUGUUGUUGAGUACUUUAAUGAGCUACCCGAGGGGUCAGAGCCCAAAGGACCGGCGGAGCUUCCUGCUCGGGAGGAACCCAAGAUCCAUGAAUUACCAACGACAUAUCGGUGA